AAACUUGAUAAAAAAAUUAUCGCAAUUUUAACUGAUAAUGGAGCAAAUAUUAAAGCUGCUAUUGAAAAGUUUGAUAAUAUUGUAAAUAUUCCUUGCGCAUCUCAUACUUUGCAACUUAGUAUUAAUCAUGGCCUUAAAACAAUUGAAGUUACAAUUAAACAAUGCAAAGAAUUAAUUGCACAUUUAUCUAGCAAUAAAAAAUGGAAUUCGAUAUAUUUUGCUUUAGAACAGCUUAUUCUUUUAGAAAGACCUAUUCGUUGGUUAGAAAAUACAUUAAGUAAUAGUGCUCGUUAUGAAAGAAAAAAUUAUUGUACCUUAAGUUUAGUAACUCUGGCUAUUGAAAUUUUAAUCCAAAAUUUAAAAAAUGUUACUUCAAAUGAUGACGAUAAUAUUGUUCAAACUAUGCAAAAAUUACUUCUUAAAAAUCUUGAAGAAUAUCAAUUUAAUAAACUUAAAGAGUCAAUUGCAGAUUCUCAUAAAGAAAAUAAUUUAAAUUCUGCACAAUUAUCUCAAUCACAACAAUCUCAAUCUUUAAUAGCUGAACUAUUUUCAGAACUUAUUAUACAGCAACAAGAUACUAAUAUUUGUAAUUAA